CACGACCACACCCACUAUGCUAGCCUGUACCUAGUUCCGUGACAGAAACUGGCCGACGUCACACCAGUCAAGCGUGUGAAAAAUAAGACCUGAGGCGGGCAGUUUUGCCGCCCAGUAGGCUGAUUUGUGUGAGAACUUGAAGACUAUUCCUGACCAGCUAUAACAGGUGUAUGGGACAACACUGAAAGAUCCUGAACAGACUCCUUGGGACUAGGGUACCUGUACACCUUUAAGAUGACUACAACUGCAGCUGCAAGUACCGUAGCUGCUGCUACAAAUGCCGCUACAAAUGCUGCAACAACCGUGGCCGGCACCGCUGCCUCAACCGUAUCCAGUUGGUACGUCGACUGGCUGAACUUCGACCCCCUGCGGGACCAGUUCACCAUCGGGUUCCUGAUCGUUCUGGCGGUGUUCGUGGGUGCCAUCGCAGUCAUGUUCACCAUCUGCUUCAUCUACACGUUCUUCGGCUGCUGCGCCUCCUGCUGCAAGUGCUGCUGCUGUUGUUGUAAGGGGGGGAAGAAGGGCAGGAAACACGGCAGCAAGGUGGAUGUGGAGCUAGACAAUGUAUAGAGCAGAGCAGCAAGCCUUGGGUGGGACUUAUAACUACCUAUACCUGUUUUCAUGUUGUCCUUAAGAGUUAUUCACAAGGUUUUGAUUUAUCCCCUCAGAAAAAAGCAUGUGUACAUCAAAUUGAAAUCAGCUACAUGUAUAUACUAUAGACUGGAUUUUCAUUAUACUGAAUGUACAUGUAGUUUCUAUGACAGAUUUAAGCAUACCUAUUCUGAAUAGGAAUGCCAUUUUUCCUAAGCUGCAAGUGAAUCACUGAAUUACAGUCAUUACUACUGUCUUUAAAGUUUGAAAGAAAAGAAUACAUCCAUCCAUCUCUGAAUUUGUCCUUUUGUAGGAUUAUGCACAUGUCUGCUUCCUUUCCAUUAUAUCAUCAUUUUGAUUAUCAGUUGAUACAUGUUUGUAGAAAACCUAGAAAUUAUGUGUAUAUAUUUUGUGAAUCUUACCUAUGCCUCAAAGUAGGCACCCCUUCUAUGGAAUCCUAUAUGUGGCUCCAAAGACUAUGUGCCAAGUAUAUCCCAGAUCAUAGCCUAUUAAAACAUUUUGUCAAUAAAGAACUAAUACUGAACUGAACUGUUCAAUGGAGAGUAGAAUCACUUAUCUUCUAAAAUGUAAUUAUAUCAUCAAAUAUCUUACCACAUGACUAAUCUUAGUUCAGCAUCUUUUUAGAUCUGUAGGACUGUACACUAUAUGUACUUGUAAAAGACUUCAAAAUGGAUUGAGUAGUUACACUAAAACAUUUAUAGAAUUGCGAUUGACAAUCUACAAUCAGAUUUCUCAAAUGGUUAAUGUAUAGUGGCAUUCACAUGCAAAUACCAUUACAUGUACUUUGCAUAUUUGGAAAAGUUUUUUUUGUUGUUUUAAGCUGUGUUUGCUGCAAAAUGAUGUCUUGUGUUGUGAAAAGUGACUGACCAUAGCUAUGCACGUGAGCGUUUGUGUACAUAUGUUAUAAGUCUUGUGUGAAAAGUAUUAUCCUCUGCUUUCUCUAAGUUUAAAAAAAGGAUAUCAUUGCCCUGUGGAUUUCAUUUGCCUUAUAAAUAUCACAAUAUCAUGGGAGUUGACUAUGGAAUGUGAAAUGCUCUGUUCUGAUAUCAAACAUGAUGACAAUUUAAAAGUCGAUGCUUUGAUGUUGGCAAGAUGAAAGUAGAAACUUUACAAUACAAAUAUCUCAGUCUACAUCCUGCUUCUAUAUAUACAAAUGACAUUUCAUUAUACUCCAUGGCAUGUUGUCAUUGCUUCCUUUACCACAAACAUAAGCUUUAUGUGGAAAAAAGGUUGAUACUACGACUACCAAAAAAAAAAAUAAGCAUACAAAAUGAUCCUGAUUGAUCUACAAUCUCCAUUAUCUAUCUUUUGAACUAAAUGUUUGAAAUAAUCAUGGACAAAAGAAAUGUAUAUAUCUAUGACUGGAACAAUUAUUCUUCUUGAACUUUGUACUGCUGUACUUUGUACAAUAAACAUAAAAAAGAA